AUUUAAGCCCUUUUCCUCUAUGCGGAACGUGAAACCCUCUCCGUCAUCGUGGUUUUGUCAGAACCACCGCGUUCCCCAUUUCGCCGUCAGCAGCCCCUUAAUAGCUCUCCAUAUAGUUAUCAGUCGAGAUAGUUCCGGUUAUGUCAUCAGAGAAGGAAGCUUCAAGCUCCACAGAGAAACGCAAACUAUCAUGCACUGCUUGUUUUGAUGCACUCUGGUUCUGCUACUCCCCGGUUCAUCAAAUGCAGCAGUAUUACAGGCUUGGUGCUCUUGAUAACUGUGCCGGUAAAUGGAAAGCAAUGGUUGAUUGCUUAAUGCUCAAGACCAAACCCACUUCUCAAGUCGAGGAAAUCCUUGAAGCUCGUGAGAAGUCAAAGUCACACAUCUGGAAUUUUCGAACACGUUAUGAAGCUUCACAAAAUUGGCAAAAUCUAUAUGGUCAUUUAGACAGGCCUGAAUGAGGAAAAUCAUUUUGUGCAAAUGAACAUUUACUGCCUUCUGAUUUUAUUUGCGUUUUAGAGAAAGAGGAUUUUAGAGAACAAAUAAAAAGUUUAUGUCAUAUUGAAUGGCAUUGAAGCGAGAUUUCCAUUCUGAUUUUUAGUGGAGCCUCCGCAUUGAAUUUUGGCAAAAAAAUAUAUUUGAGGUUUAUUAUUUUA